AUGGCCGUGAAGAAUGAAGAACAUGAUGGCCCAGUUCUGGAGCCAAUCGCGACGCUUCGUCGUCAAGGGACGCGCUCGGAAAUGCAAGAUCUCGAAAUCAUAGCUUCAGCAGGUGCUUCUUUCCUCCCCAAUAGCAUCCCCCCACCGCCCGACGGCGGUCUUCACGCGUGGACCCAAGUCGCCAUGGGCUGGAUCGUCAUCUUCGCAACAUGGGGCUACGUCAACUCGUUUGGCAGUUUUCAAGCACACUACACCUCCAUACUACCUCAAACGCCCUUUCAGAUCUCAUGGAUUGGUUCAAUCCAGGUGUGGUUUACCUUCUUCGGAAGUGCUUUCUCUGGACGUUUACUUGAUGCAGGCUUCUGGAUUCCGACCUUUCUGGUAGGAUCUGUGUUGCAGCUGUUGGGUAUUUUUAUGAUGAGUUUGUCGACUUCUUACUGGCAUCUUAUGAUCACGCAGGGUGUCGUGACCGGUAUUGGCGGUGGUAUCAUCUUUGCGCCCAGUCUGGCUCUUGUUGCUACUUAUUUUGAGAAGCGAAGAGGUAUCGCUAUUGGUCUUGUUACCACCGGAAACUCCCUCGGAGGUACAGUCUAUCCGCUCGUUGUGCGAACUCUCCUCCCAGAGAUCGGCUUCUCCUGGACAUCGCGGGUAUUGGGAUUUAUCAACCUCGCUGGCUUUGCGCUCGUGGCUGUGUUUAUGAGACCGAGACUCCCACCACGACAGACAGGGCCAAUUAUUGAUUGGAGUGCGUUCAAGGACGUGUUGUACGUCUCGUACGUCAGUGGGCUGUUUUUCUUCGUGUGGUCUGUUUACUACACUUUCUACUAUCUUGCUUCGUUUGGACAAGAAGAAGUCGGCAUGUCCUUUGCAGACUCAUCAAUUCUUACGACCAUCAUCAACGCCGUUGGCCUUCCAACUCGAGUCCUGAUUCCUUUCCUUGCAGAUCGGAUUGGUCCGCUGAACACCAUUGCUCCAGCAGGCUUAUGUGUAGCUAUCGUGGCGUAUACUUGGCUUGCUGUACACAACGAGACCGGAGUUUAUCUUUUCUCUAUCUUCUACGGUGUAGCAUCGGGAGCAUUUCAGAGUCUGAUGCCAACUGGCGUUGCGAGUAUCACGAAGAGACUCGACACUAUUGGCACCCGAAUGGGGAUGUGUUUUAGUCUUAUCUCCUUUGCUGGUCUAUCAGGACCACCUAUUGGAGGGCUACUUCAGUCGAAGAGUCUUGCAGGCGCACAUGUCUGGGCGGCACUAUCGAGUACCCUGGCUGCGGUUUUGCUAGUUGUGGCAAGAGUCUUAAAAGUAGGAUGGAAGGUAAAGACCAGAUGUUAA